CCGGGCUCGAGGCGCCCAGGAGCCGCCCCGCGGGGGGCCGUGCCCCUCGAGGCCCCUCGAGGCCGCGCGGCCGCGACGCCGGGGCGCCUUCACCACCGCCGGCACCUUGGGGGGGCGGCCGCGCGACGCGCGCGAAGAGGCCGCCAUGAGCGCGGGCGAGGGCAGCGGCCCCGGCGGCGGCCUGCACGGCAUGCCCGCGGGCCUGCUCUUCGGCAUGACCCAGCCUGGAGGGGGCCUCCCGCCCAUGAUGAACCCGCCGCCCGGGCUGCCGCCGGGCCUCCCGCCGCCAGGGCUGCCGCCCCCUGGGCUGCCGCCCGACUUCGACUUCUCGGCGCUCGCGCAGCUGCAGGGGCUGCCGCCGGGCGGCCUGUCCGGGCUGCCGGGGGGGCUGCCCGGGCUCGGCGGCUUCGGCGGGCUGCCCGGGCUGCCCGGGGGCCUGCCCGGCGACCCGGGCUCCAAUCCGAUGCUGCAGGCCUUGCUCGCGCAGGCGCCCGCGGGCCCCUCUGCCGCGGACACUGCGGCCCUCAUGGCGCAGGCGCAGCAGCAGCAGCCCCCGCAGCAGCAGCAGCAGCAGGCGCAGCAGCAGGCGCAGCGCGCGGAGGAGGAGCGCCGCGAGCAGCGGCGCCGGGGCGAGGCGGCGAGCGCGCAGGCCGAGAUGCGCGAGAAGCUGGCCGCCGCGGAGAGGGUCAAGUGCCACCUUCACAAGAAGCCGAAGGCCGGCUGUAAGUUCUGCGCGAAGCACCAGGACGCCAUGGAGGCGGCCCAGAAGAAGCCCGAGCCGGCCAAGCCCGAGCGCCGGAGGGGGCGCAGGAUCGACCGGGCGAUCUCCGAGGACCGCGACGACCGGCGCGGCCCCCUUGAGCUCGCCAACCCGAAGACCUUCGGCCUGAGCGGGCUCCUGCAGACGCACAUCGUGGAGUGCGCACACUACAAGUCGCUGCUCACCCUGGACACGUUCGAUCAGGUGACCGACGAGACGUUCCAGUUCGCCACCGCGGUGGAGCCCUACAUGGCCAACAGCGGCACUGUGCCCUCGGCACUCUUCUGCUGCCUCUACCGCUUCUUCACGCUCGGCCUUGACCGCAGCAGGCUCCAGAAGCUCAUGGACAGCCAGGAGAGCCCAUUCAUCAGAUGCGCCGGGUUCCUGUACGUCCGCUUCGGGCUGCCGCACGACCAGCUGCUGGGCUGGCUCGGCGACUACAUCCUCGACGACGAGGAAUUCAAGCCCUCCGCGGAGACGGAUCAGCGGCUAACGAUCGGGGAGUUCGUGGAGGCGCUGCUCAGCCAGGACAGGUACUACAACACCGUCCUGCCCCGCCUCCCCAUGGUCACCAAGCGCGCCGUCGAGGAGAGGCUCGCCCCCCUGGGGCAGAACCGGAAGCGGAUGCAGGCGAACAAAAGCAUAAUAGACAAGUUCCGCGACCGGGGAUGCAGGGUCGAGGCGAACAUCGACGGUGAGUGGAUGCCAGGCGCUGUGGUCGAGCUCGACGAGGAGCGGCCCAACAGGCCGACGGUCCGCGUGCGCCUGGACGACGGCGGGGAGGAAUACGUGCUGCUGGGAAAGGUGAUCCUGUCCAGCCGCGGCGGAGGGCGCGAACGCUCGAGGUCGCCGCCGCGGGCG